AUAGGUCACCAUCCAUACGUCCCUGUGACUUCACUUGUAGAGAAAUCGAUGUUACACGAGAGAAAAGUCAAAACUGACAAGAAAUCUUAUGAAUGUAACCAGUGUGGAAAGACUUUUAAACAAAAGGGAAUUCUUACUAUACAUGAGAGAAUCCACACUGGAAAGAAACCUUAUGAUUGUAACCACUGUGGAAAGGCUUUUAGGAGCAAGGGACAUCUUAUUGGGCAUCAGAGAAUCCAUACUGGGGAGAAACCUUAUGAAUGCAACCACUGUGGACAGGCUUUUAGACAAAAGUACGAUCUUAUUGUACAUCACAGAAUCCACACUGUAGAAAAACCUUAUGAAUGUAACCAGUGGGGAAAGGCUUUUAGAAGCAAAAAAGAGCUCGCUGUACAUCAGAAAAUCCACAUUGGGGAGAAAACUCAUGAAUGCAACCACUGUGGAAAGGCUUUUUAGCAGCAAGGCAUAUCUUAUUAGACAUGAGAGCAUCCACACUGGAG